ACGAACGACUAACCUGCUCUUAUUUUUUUCUCUUUUCAUUGACAUUUGGUGUGUAGCCGUCUGUUUUGACAAUUUCAUUUUGACAUAAUUUAAGGUUAGAAAAUUUUAACAUCUCUUGUGAACUUGGUUUUCUUGUGCAAAAUUAAGCAAGCAGAUUUUCUCUACUGACACCUCGGUUGCCGCGCAUUACAUAACUUGCAAAAAUGUCUCAAGCUCCAGUCCGUGUAUCUCCCUUGAUCAAAUUCUUCAGAUGGUCUUUGUUGACUGUCGGCGUUGGCUACGGUGCCUUCCACCAGAACCGUUUGUCCAAGAAGGAGGAGAAGGUUCGUGAAAUCGAAGCCCAAAAGAAGGCUGUUCGUGAUGCCAAAUUGGCCGAGGAGAAGAAAAUCAGUGCCGCCGCUGAGAUGCGUGCCCUGGAGGAAUUGAGCAAACCAACUCCCAAGAAGGCAUAAGCUCAGAGGAGCAACAAGUUCAUUGUACAUUUAGUUAUAUCUAAUUAAAACAAAACAACAUCAAAACGACAUCAUUUGGAUUCAAAAUCUAUUUAGAUGGUGUUUAUCAAUGUUUCGAGUGUGGUGACUACGGUGGAUUCCAAUUGGGGUUUUUCUUUCUUUUGAUAAUUUUUAGUUGCUUAAAGUGAUGUUUUGUCUAAGAAAACCAUUAAAUCGGUCCCUCUUGUGGAAGUUGUAACAAUAAAACGA